CACCGGGCCUUCAAGGACCAACAGUAGAAAUAUAAAUUGACCUGGACAAACGUUCCUCAACACAAACGCCGGUACCGUUCCGAGUAAAUCCGUCCAAACUGCAGCGCGUCAUGGCUAACGUGGACAUACAGAGCAUGUGGGAGCGACACGACGCACGGAGGACGUUUCCUCUUCUCGCCCGCACUAAGGUCUGCCGUAAUCUCUUCGGACCCGUGGAUCACGAAGAGCUGAACUGCGAAAUGAAGCGGAGACUGCAGGAAAUCUCGGAACGGGACCAGAGCCGCUGGAACUUUAACUUCGAGGAGAACGUGCCCUUGCCUGGAAAUUACGAGUGGGAGGAAAUAGCAGUGAGCACCGUUCCAACUUUCUAUACGGAAUCGAUGCGUAACGGGAAAGCGCGUACUGUUAACGCGAAAGAUGCCGAGUCCAGCACAGAGAGUGGAUGUAAAAAUGAAGCACAGGGUUCCGCUGAAGCUCCAAGUCCAUCUACAGAGGUGAAUCAGGAAAACCGCUCCGGAGCCCUGAACGCCCGAAAACAUGUUACUCCUGUGUGCCGGAGAAGAAAGAGGCCCUCUGUGCCAGAGACUUUAAGAAAUAGCACUACGCACAUUACAGACUUCUUCCCAAGGAGAAAGAGGAGCUUUGACAAUAAGUCGGCUGAGCGCACAUCCCAAGCCGGCUCCUCUAUCCCUGCUGAAGUCACUCCACGCAAAAGAAUCAGAUGAUGCUUUGCACUGAGAAAUGCAGAAAUCCUGUGUUUUAUCUGCUGAGCGGAUGACGGACACAUGGAGGACAAACUGAAGACUUUCUUUUUUUUUUAAUACUCCCUCUGAUCAAUGUAGCAAUACUGGCUCUACCAGAACGGACUUGGUUGCAGUGUUAAAACGUCUGAGCGGUGCAAUUAUUAUUUUAUUAUUAUUAUUGUUGUUGUCAUUAUUGUUAUUUUAAUGUUAUUAUUAUUUCCCUUUGACGUUUUCCUUUUAACUUUAUUUUGUAGACUACAUUGUUUCCUCUAGAUUUUAGUAGCUGAUUUUCUGUGUACUUGUGGAAAAAUAUACUACUAACUUAUGUUUUAUUUAUGAUCCAUGAUAGUGUCACGCUUUUAUUUACAGCUAUUGUUUAUUUACUGCAAUAUUUUUUAUGUUUUAUUUAAGUUUUGUUGUAUGACGUUACGAUGCAAAUAAUGUUUCUGAGCCUCUUCUUUAAUAUAUA